AUGCCAAUAGAAAGUGGAAGUUGUGCAUCUGCUCGCCAAGCAAAGCAGAAACGUAAAUCACACAGUCUUUCAAUCCGAAGAACCAACAGUUCCGAGCAAGAACGGGCAGGACUGCAGAGAGACAUGUUGGAAGGGCAGGAUUCUAAACUACCAUCUUCUGUACGCAAUACACUCCUUGAACUUUUUGGACAAAUAGAGCGGGAGUUUGAAAACCUGUAUAUUGAAAAUUUAGAAUUACGUAGAGAGAUUGAUACACUGAAUGAGCGUUUAGCAGGUGAAGGACAGACAGUUGAUGGAGCUGAACUGAGCAAAGGACAGCUGAAAGCAAAAGCCAGUCAUAGUACCAGUCAGCUUUCUCAGAAAUUAAAGACAACUUACAAGGCAUCUACUAGCAAGAUUGUAUCCAGUUUUAAAACCACAACAUCAAGGGCAAUCUGUCAACUGGUAAAGGAGUAUGUUGGCCACAGGGAUGGUAUUUGGGAUGUCAGUGUGGCGAAAACUCAACCAGUGGUGUUGGGAACUGCAUCUGCUGAUCACACUGCUUUGCUGUGGAGCAUAGAAACAGGGAAGUGCCUUACCAAGUAUGUAGGGCAUGUCGGAUCAGUAAAUUCCAUCAAGUUUCAUCCAACUGAGCAAGUGGCUCUUACAGCAUCUGGAGACCAGACAGCUCACAUCUGGAGGUACAUAGUACAGUUGCCUACACCUCAGCCAACUGCAGACUGCAAUCAAAUGUCUGGAGAAGAUGAGGUUGAGGUCUCAGACAAAGAUGAACCUGAUGGAGAUGGAGAUGGUUCUACUGAUUGUCCCACUGUCAGAGGCCCAUUAACUUCACUCAAAAGCCAUCAAGGAGUGGUCAUAGCAGCCGACUGGCUGGUUGGGGGGAAGCAGGCUGUGACAGCAUCAUGGGAUAGGACAGCCAAUCUGUAUGAUGUAGAGACUUCCGAACUUGUCCAUUCUCUUACAGGACAUGACCAAGAGCUAACACAUUGUUGUACACAUCCCACCCAACGUCUUGUGGUUACUUCAUCACGCGAUACAACCUUCCGUCUGUGGGAUUUCAGAGAUCCUUCUAUCCAUUCUGUGAAUGUCUUUCAGGGCCACACAGACACUGUGACAUCUGCAGUUUUUACUGUGGGAGACAAUGUUGUUUCUGGGAGUGAUGACCGUACUGUAAAAGUUUGGGAUUUGAAAAACAUGAGAUCUCCUAUUGCAACAAUCCGUACAGAUUCUGCAGUCAACAGGAUUAAUGUGUGUGUUGGCCAAAGAAUCAUCGCCCUCCCGCACGACAACCGACAGGUCAGGUUAUUUGACAUGUCAGGAGUGCGAUUAGCACGCCUCCCUCGCAGUAAUAGACAGGGCCACAGAAGGAUGGUGUGCUGCACAGCAUGGUGUGAGGACCACCCCAUAUGUAACCUCUUCACAUGUGGAUUUGAUCGUCAGGCUAUUGGCUGGAACAUCAACAUCCCUGCUUUGUUACAAGAAAAAUGAAAUGCUGGGAGAAAUUUUGUAUUUUACGUUGCCAUGGACACCUACACUUUUGCAGACUUCCCUGAGUACUGGUCUGCAGUUGCUGUAAAAGCUCUUCCUGAAGUGGAGACUUCAGCAAAUGUUGUUCUUGUUACCACCUUGUGCACAGUUUGCAUGAAUUGUACAGAAAAUGUGAUUUUUUAAAAAAUUAGUUUGUCUUGUGUAUGAACUUUUAUAUUUUGGCAUCCACUGGUCAAUAUGUUCACUGUUGCGUAGAGCACAUGAAUGUUCAUAAGUUAUUUAGCAUUUAAUAGAUACACAGUAGGGCAUUAUGUUUGUGACAUAAAUGUGAAACUUAAGUAAUUAAUGUAGAGAGUAUAUAGCAGUCUGUUACAUUUUUCCAU